AUGCGUUCCUCUGUUGUUUCGAUGCUGGCUUUGGGCGCAGCCAUCGUAUCUGCUUUCCCGACUGCUUCUCGCGCCUCAAGUCAGGUUAAGAGAUCCACCUCCUGCACCUUCUCUUCGGCUGCCAAGGCCAGCGAGAGUCAGAAGUCGUGCACCACUAUUAUGCUUGACAACAUCGAGGUGCCUGCUGGUGAGACGCUGGAUCUUUCCGACCUCGAGGAUGGGACCAAGGUCAUCUUCAACGGCGAAACCACCUUCGGAUACAAGGAGUGGAAAGGCCCUCUCAUCCGUAUCGCCGGAUCGAACAUUAUCGUCAGCGGAACAUCCAACCACACCAUCAACGGCGGCGGUGCACGCUGGUGGGACGGCAAGGGCACCAACGGUGGUAAAACCAAGCCCAAGUUCUUCUAUGCCCACAGCCUGGACGACUCGACCAUUACCGGCCUCAAUGUCAAGAACACGCCCGUGCAGGCCUUUAGCGUCCAGUCCGAUAACGUCGUCCUGAAUCGUAUCACUGUUGACAACUCGGCCGGUGAUCAUAACGGCGGCCACAAUACCGAUGCCUUUGAUGUUGGCGAGAGUAGCGGUGUGACCAUCCGAGACGCUGUUGUCAAGAACCAGGACGACUGCCUGGCCAUUAACUCGGGCUCUAACAUCAUCUUUACUGGCGGCACCUGUUCCGGUGGCCACGGCCUGUCUAUCGGCUCCGUGGGCAACCGCGAUGAUAACACCGUCAAGAACGUGACCAUCUCGGACUCAACAGUGACCAACUCGGCGAACGGCAUCCGCAUCAAGACAAUCGCCGGUGCAACCGGCUCCGUCUCGGGCGUGACCUUCUCUGACAUCACGCUCUCCGGAAUCACCGACUACGGCAUUGUCUUUGAGCAGGACUACGAGAACGGCAGCCCCACCGGCGACCCGACCACAGGCGUGCCCAUCACUGACUUGACCGUGGAGAAGAUUACUGGUUCCGUGGAGACCGACGCGACCAAGGUCUAUAUUCUCUGCGGUGCUGGUAGCUGCUCAGACUGGACUUGGUCGGGUGUCUCAAUCACCGGUGGCGAUUCCAGCAGCAAGUGUGAGAAUGUGCCUUCUGGUGCGUCUUGCUAA